AUGUCGGAAGACGAGGAUUGUCGUCUCAAUGACGUUAAUUCAAAUCGCAUUCCUGGUGUCGUAUAUUUUUCGUCAAUACCUACUGGUAUGAACGUUGCGAUGUUAACAGAGGAGCUCAGCCAUUUUGGCACCGUUAAGCGCGUGUACCUUGUCCCAAAAAAGUGCUUUAGGGACAAAACAAACCGACAGUACUCAGAGGGUUGGGUUGAAUUUUCUAGGCGAAAAGACGCAAAAAGGGCUGCCCGGACAUUAAAUUGUGUUGAAGUUCCUGGAGGGAAAAGAAAACCUUGGUUUGGUGAACUUUGGAAUGUCCAGUUUCUUCCGAAAGUUUCUUGGGGAGAUUUAUUUGCAAUCGAAAGGCAGGAUGAAGAACAACGAAGAAUUCAAAAGGAUCGAGAUAUUAUAAUGGCAAAAAGACAGGCUAGGCUUUUUAAAAACAGCCUUGAUUCACACAAGCUAGAAGUCAAAUUGAGGGCAGCUAAAAAGACUAGAUUUAAAGAACGAAGUGCAGUAGAUUUAGGAGGCUACCAAAAACCAACCGAAGAGGAAAUUAAAGAAAGGAUUGCCCGAUCCAGCCGUACAGCGCCAGAGGGGAUUGAAGGUUUCUCUGCCCUCACCGAUCGGGAGUUUAUGCGCAAUCUCUUUUCCGGUGGGCUCUAG